AUAUGCUGGACAUUACAUACCUGUCAUAGCCUUUUAUAUAAACAAAUAUAAUCAUGAUUAUGGCGCAAUAAAGAAUGUUAUUCAUAUCAAUAUUGAAUCCAUCUUGAUUGGAAAUGGUCUAGUAAACCCUCUGGUGCAAUUCGAAUAUUUUUCAGAUAUUGCCUGUGAUUCAUCUUAUGGACCAGUAUUAAAUCGUUCCACAUGUAAUCAGUUGAGAAAAGAUUGUAAAAAAUGUAUUAAGUUGACUAAAACAUGUUAUGCUUCAAAGAAUAUAAUGGAUUGCAUAACUGCUGAAAAGUAUUGUUAUGAUAAAUUAUUUAUAUCUUUUAGAAUAUCUGGUAAAAACAUUCAAGAUAUAAGAAAACCAUGUAAUUAUAGUAAUGCUUUUUGCUAUCCAGAGCUACAAAAUAUCGUUAAAUAUUCUAAUCUUGAAGAUGUUAAGAUCGAAUUGGGUGUUAAUUCUUCAUUGGUUUAUCAAAUUGAAAACUUUAAUAUUAGAACCGGCUUCAUUAAUUCUUGUGACGCUGCCUAUGAUUGUAAUUGGCUUGGUAUUGAUGCAUGGACAAAAGCACUUCAUUGGAGUGGUACCAAAGGUUUUAAUGAUGCUAAAGUUUAUCCUUGGAUAACAUCUAGCGGUAAUUAUUCUGGAAAUAUUAGAACUUUUAAAGGAUUUACAUUCUUAAAAAUUCUCAAUGCGGGACAUUUGGUACCUCAUGAUCAACCAGUUUCAAGUUUAGAUUUCUUUAAUAGAUGGAUAUUCAAGAAAGAAUUGUAA